UUGAAUGUACCAUCAGAAUUUAAAGUAAAAUUGUGUUUUGGUUAUAUCAGUGCUGUCUUUGCUACUGCAUAUUGCAAACCUGUAAGGCAACUGCGAAUCAAGUGUCGGGAUUAUUAAAUAAUAAUGCAUGAAUAGCAUUACAGGAAUGUGCAGUUUAAUAUAAAAUUGUGUAUUCGUUUACAUAUGCCACUUAGCAAACUUGUUUUUUAAAUUGCAUAAGAUAUGCAUAAUUGUCAUUGUUAAUUCUCUCAUUGCAGAGUAGUCGCCAUCUUUCACGAGCUCGACUCUGCCAGCUAGAGCAGACGAGUUUCGUGUAUUUUGAAAAGGGGAUUGGGGCUUUUUGUGGUGCUGAUAGUGGUGUUAUUUAUUGCUCAUGCUUGCUGAGAAAAUUGUGUGUUCCCAUUAGGAAUAGAUAUUGUUGGAGUCACUUCAUCAUGGCAACCCUAAUUUCUAAGAAGAAUAAGUCGUCAGCAAGCACCUGCACUACAGAGGGAUCUACUACCUCUUCAUCUCCAGCAUCAUCUGUGAAUCUCAUUACAACCAACUCAUCCAUUUCACAACCACAGCACAACAUUGUUGCCAACAAUAACAACAAUGCUCCCAAGUAUGGGACUCUGAUUCCAAACCGGAUCUUUGUCGGUGGAAUCUCGGGCAGCACCACUGAAUCAGAACUUUUUGAAUUGUUUUCAGCUUAUGGAACUGUGAGGGCAGCAAAAGUGAUCAGCGACCGGGCCGGAGUGUCAAAGGGCUACGGCUUCGUCACUUUUGAGACUGAGGACGAAGCGAGGCGCCCCAUGCGAGAUUCUGAAUGCAUUAUUCUGAAGGAUCGGAAACUGAACAUUGCUCCCGCCAUAAAGAAACAGCCAUUCAGCCAAACAUAUGAAGCCGCAUCACCUCCCACUGUUCACAGCAACACUAUCUUCUAUCAGAAUGGUGUGCCGUACACUUUUCACAAUGGAGUGGCAUAUUUCCCAGCUACACCUACCCACCAUGCCCCCGCCAGCGCCAUUACCACAACAGGUGAUCCUGUUGGCAUGUACCAGACCACUUACGUGCCCCCGCCAGCCACACCCACGCACUCUCCGGGCGCAGCUGCCGCAUACCCUGUGAUAUAUCCCUGCGCAGCCCCUCCGACGAUGUACGUGACGCCUCAGCAGUUCCAGUACCAGCCCAUGCCACCACCAGUCCCACCAUCACAGUACAUAUAUACUGCCUCAGCAUCGUCCACGACUGCUGCGGCCCCUGGAAAUGGUCCACCUGUGACUCAAGGUUCACCCAUGCUGGGAGCUCCUGCGCCCCUGCCACCUGCACAGCACUACUACACUCAAGCACACCUGAACCCCACUGACCUGUACUACAGCAUUCCACAGCCCUACCCCACCAUGAUGAGCAACGAGGGGGUUGUGUAUGAUACGUCCCCGCAGACUGAGACGUCCAGCAACCAGUCAGCUGAAGACAGUUGUUCAAACUCGAGCAAUUCAGACACUGUUAGAAGUGGAGGCGGUGAAAAUUGCAAACCACCACUAAACCAGGAAAAAACGGUUGCUAAGCAUGAAAGCAACUUGCCGAGUAAUGGUGGGUGGGUGCCACCCGCCACCACAGCAAACAGCCAGCUGCCCACCCAGAGUCAGCACCAGAAUGCCUCGACACCUGUUGUCUCCCUCCUGAAACUUCAGCAGAUAGGUGAAGAAUUGGACAUCUGCCCCAGCAAGAAGAGCUUGUCACCCGCGAUCCAAGACUACGUGACCACUCCGCCCCCCCAGCAGACAUACUACCAACAGGUGCCACCCCCCUUGCUGAACCAAAACAAAUCCCAGUCUCCAAUGAUGCCCAUUUUGUACCAGUCUGUGCCACCUAUGUUUGUAAAUCCCACAGCUCAGCCAUCUGGAACCUCUCCCUAUAUGAACCAGUUUUUGCCAUCUGGCAUAGUCAAUGGGCAUUCUGAUCAUCCUGGUACCAACUGUACUGGGCAGUUUCAAAAUCAUCGGGCCCCAUAUGCUUCAAAAUUGUUCAACAGUCGACGUGGUGGCGGGACGUCUGGCAGCCACUCCUCUCCCAUGUCAGUUCACAUCCCACCAUUUCCUCCCAAGUUCCAUUUCUUGAAUAGCAACCAUGUGCACAUGCCAGGGAUGCACAGCCCUCACAUUCAGGGUUCAGGUCAAAAGCGUUAUUAUAAUAACAGGAAUCUGAACCAGCAGCAUCGAGGGCGGGACAGCGGACGGUACGUGGGACCCAAUUCAGGCAGGAUGCAGCGCCGAUACUUCUCUACCAAUGUCAGCGUGUUCAACAAUGCUGCUGCUGAGACCAGUGUUCCACAUGCUUCCAUCGCCAGUGCUGCCGCCAUAACGACCGUCGCCACCGCUACCACCAGUACCACGAUAAUGAUUAAUACUACUGCUGCUACUACUUCCAUUGUUACAAGUGCUGCCACCAUCACCUCUAAUGCCCCUUCGCCACCUCCGGCUCCGUAUUCUCCUAUGACCCAUCCCGCAGUUGAUUCCUCUGCUCCUCCCCAACAGGUGCAGUUCUAUUCUGGAGCAGGUAAUAGCGCGUGCCAUCAGACCUACCAUCCAACCUCCAGUGGAUCGCAGCAGCAGAUGGCUGUGCCACCACGGCGAUUCGCCAGUAGCUCGCGCAGAUCUGGCAACAGCGAUGGAGGAAGCAGCGGCAAGUACUCGAAGAACGUGGUGAACAGUGUGCAGGUUCUGGCUGCAGGUGCCAGCAAGGUGAUGGGUAAUGUUGAUGAGGGUGCAGUGGGGGGAGCAGGAGAUGCACCAACCAGGUUGCCACUCCCCAAUUGUGUGGUGAUGCAGGAAGCAUGCCACCAGGUGCAGGCAUUAAGUCUCUAA